UUGGUAACAUAACUGGCUUAUUUACAUUAAAUACGCCACAAGGUUAGAGCGCAGAUCAACGUCACUUUAUCGCUGAUUACUUCUCUUAAACGCCGGAGCUGUGACUGAUGCUGCACGUCCCGCUGUCCACCAAGAUUCACCGGGGAGUUUUUUUUUUUUUUAAAAAGAGACAGACUUUAAAUAGUUUCAGGAGCAGGUCUUAUUUUUACAGUUCCUGACCAUCAGUCUCUACCCUACAUCUUUAAGAAAUUCCCUCAAUCAAGAGCGAGGUCCGUUGCUUUAAGGAUAACCUGGGAACUGGGACGCACCUCUGGCAAUCUGUCAGUGCCUAGAUCAGCUGCAUCCUUUCAGGAGGGACUCUCUCACGAGGCUGACGAUCCGUAAGACAAGUAUGCAGCUAAGUUGCUAAGGGAUGGAGGAAGCUAGUUUGUGCCUUGGAGUUUCUUCAGCUGUCCCAGAGGCUGAGGCCCAUCUUAACAACACGAUCCUUAAUGGUCAGUAUUCAAUGAGCCAGAAGCUGCACCAGAUAACAUCUCAGCUCAGCCAUGCUUUCCCGGAGCUCCAGACCAGGCCUAACUCUGAAGAGAAGGUCUCCACACCCCUAGAGGAGAAGAGCCACGUGUCCAUGGGAGGCCAGCCAAUUGGCAGCCAGAUGGCCCUCUUGGCCAACCAACUCAACCGAGAUGUGGACACCAGUCUGAACGGAAGGGUGGAUCUGCAACAGUUCUUGAAUGGCCAGAACCUUGGCAUCAUGUCCCAGAUGAGUGACAUUGAGGACGACGCAAGAAAGAAUCGGAAAUACCCUUGCCCCCUGUGUGGGAAGCGAUUCCGGUUCAAUAGCAUCCUUUCUCUCCACAUGCGUACACACACUGGUGAGAAGCCCUUCAAGUGUCCCUACUGUGACCACCGGGCAGCCCAAAAGGGGAAUUUGAAGAUACACCUGAGGACCCAUAAGCUCGGAAACCUGGGAAAAGGCCGUGGGAGAGUCCGAGAGGAGAAUCGCCUGCUUCAUGAGCUUGAGGAAAGAGCGAUCCUGAGGGACAAACAGAUGAAAAGCAGUCUCCUGCAGCCACGGCCUGAUGUGAAGCCUCCGCCACACUCCCAGCAGCCCCCUCUGGCUAACUGUAACUUGUCUUUAGCAGUGAACCACAGUGUCCCUGACAUCUCUAAUCCAGUACCCUCACCAAAGCCAGCCAAUGUCCAAGAAGACAUGGUGGUUCCCACGGCGGGUUUCCGCUGUACAUUUUGCAAGGGGAAGUUCAAGAAGCGUGAAGAAUUGGACCGUCAUAUCCGGAUCCUUCACAAGCCCUAUAAAUGUACCCUGUGUGACUUCGCAGCCUCCCAGGAGGAGGAACUGAUCAGCCAUGUAGAGAAGGCUCAUAUCACUGCUGAGUCAGCCCAAGGUCAGGGCUCCAAUGGGAGUGGGGAACAGUCAGCCAAUGAAUUCCGCUGUGAAGUGUGUGGCCAGGUGUUCAGUCAGGCGUGGUUUCUCAAGGGCCACAUGAGAAAACACAAGGAUUCUUUUGAGCACUGCUGUCAGAUCUGUGGGAGGCGCUUCAAGGAGCCCUGGUUCCUCAAGAAUCACAUGAAGGUUCACCUCAACAAGCUUUCUGUCAAGAACAAGUCUCCCAAUGACCCCGAGGUACCUGUUCCCAUGGGAGGUAUGUCCCAGGAGGCCCACGCCAACCUGUAUUCCCGAUACCUCUCUUGUUUGCAGAGUGGCUUCAUGCCCCCAGAUAAGUCCAGCCUGAGUGAACCUAAUCAGCUCUAUAGCAAGGGGGACUUGCCUAUAAAGGAGAAGGAAGUUCUGGGGAAGCUGCUGUCCCCCAUCUCGGGCAUGGGCCACAGCCUUGGCGAAGGGGACAAACAUUCCCUCUUGGGUUGCCUCAACCUGGUGCCGCCACUGAAGUCCAGCUGCAUAGAACGGUUGCAGGCCGCUGCCAAAGCGGCCGAGAUGGACCCUGUGAAUAGCUAUCAGGCCUGGCAACUCAUGGCAAGAGGGAUGGCCAUGGAACAUGGCUUCUUGUCUAAAGAGCAGCAGAUACAGCGCAACCACGAAGACACUCUGGCAAACGCCGGAGUUCUGUUUGAUAAGGAGAAGCGGGAGUAUGUGUUAGUAGGAACAGAUGGCUCCAAGCAGAAAAUGCCUGCUGAUUUGGUUCACAGCACUAAAAUGGGCAAUCAAAGAGACCUGCCAAAUAAACUAGACCCUUUAGAAGGCAGUAGAGAUUUUUUGUCACAUGGUCUUAACCAGGGACUUGAUUACAACAUGCAAAGUCAUGGAAACAUGAAGGAGAAGCCCACUGAGUGCCCAGACUGUGGCCGAGUGUUCCGAACCUACCACCAGGUGGUUGUCCACUCCCGAGUCCACAAGAGAGACAGGAAAGCCGAAGAAGAGGUCCUCCAAGGGUGCCUGGAGGAGCGACGGGGUUCUGGCAGUGACCAGGAAUCCCAGUCGGUGAGCCGGUCCACCACACCGGGCUCUUCCAACAUUACCGAGGAGAGUGGGGUCGGUGGGGGCCUUUCUCAGACUGGAAGUGCUCAGGAAGACAGCCCACAUCCUUCGUCACCAUCUUCCUCAGACAUUGGUGAAGAGGCUGGGAGAUCUGUCGGAGUCCAGCCACCAGCUCUACUGAGAGAUAGGAGCCUUGGAUCGGCAAUGAAGGACUGCCCUUAUUGUGGGAAAACUUUCCGAACAUCCCACCAUUUAAAGGUGCAUCUGAGAAUACAUACAGGUGAGAAACCCUACAAAUGUCCCCAUUGUGAUUAUGCUGGUACUCAGUCUGCAUCCUUAAAGUACCAUUUAGAACGACACCAUCGGGAACGACAAAAUGGUGCUGGGCCACUCUCUGGACAGCCUCCAAGCCAGGAUCAUAAGGAAGAGACGUCAAGCAAAGCAUCUCUGUUUAUCAGGCCGGACAUUCUGAGGGGAGCCUUUAAGGGUCUCCCAGGGAUUGAUUUCAGAGGUGGCGCUGUCUCGCAGCAAUGGACAUCAGGAAUGCUUUCAUCUGGGGACCAUUCAGGGCAGGCUGUAGGCAUGACUUCUGAGACUUCUUCAGAGACUCUGAAGGGCUCUGACCUCCCUUCCAAAGGUACACACUUUUCUGAAAUUGGACGAGCCUAUCAGAGCAUCGUAGGCAAUGGGGUCAACUUCCAAGGCUCUUUGCAAGCCUUCAUGGAUAGCUUUGUCCUGAGCUCUUUGAAGAAAGAGAAGGAAGUAAAGGAGAAAGCCCUAUCAGAUCCACUUUCCAUGAAAGUCCAUGGACCAGAUGGUGGUGAGGAAAAAAAUAGUGGAAAAUCCUCCCAGAGGAAAUCAGAGAAAUCUCAGUAUGAACCGCUGGAUUUGUCCGUAAGGCCAGAUGCAGCUUCUCUCCCAGGCUCUUCGGUGACUGUUCAAGAUAACAUUGCAUGGCAUGGCUGCUUGUUCUGUUCUUUUACGACUUCAUCAAUGGAAUUGAUGGCCCUUCACCUCCAGGCCAAUCACUUGGGCAAAACUAGACGUAAAGACAGUGGUUUGGUAGCUACAGGAAAUGGCAAGGACCAAGCCAGGGAAGUGAGCAAAACUGGCUUGCUCCCUUCUACCGUACAAUCUAGCAAAGAGGUAGGAAUCUCCAAUGUGAUUACCCACCUUGACUCUACUUCUGAGAAGAUGGCCCAAGGUCAUGGCAAGGAGACUCUGGGAGAACAAAAGAACUCUGCCUGGUCUGGUCAUAUGGAUCCGCCAUUUUGCAACUUUACUUCAGACUUCUACAAACAAUUUGGGGUUUACCCAGGAGUCAUGGGCUCAGGAUCCUCUUGUGCUAACAAUGAGCCUGAAGGCAAACUGCAGCCUGAAGAUGACCCAACGAUCCUGCUCCCUGAGUCUGUGAACAAAAACGCUACUGAUGACCUGUCUGACAUUGCCUCGUCUGAAGACAUGGAAUCUUCCAAGGAGGAAAACAAUGAAGAGGAGGAUAUUGAGACAGAACCUGAAAUAAUGAGCAAACAAUUGUCUGUCCUUAACAAGGAUAGCAGCACCGAUGGUGGAGACAGCCUCCCCAACGCCGUUGCCUCCCAGCCGGCCCAAGGACUUGUCUCACCUUUGCCCCAAACGUCCGAGAAGCAGUGGCACGGCCCAAAUCUUCUUCCAUCCCAUGACACCUCCACAGGGGUGAUGAAAGCAGAACAGAUCCCAGGGCCCCAGGUCCUGGAGAAGCAGAUGAACAUGUUGUCAGUCCUAAGAGCCUAUAGCUCUGAAGGCUUAGCAGCCUUUAAUGGACUUUCGAGUAGCACAGCAAGUAGUGGAUGUGUCAAGAGACCAGACUUGUGUGGUCACAGGCCUUUCCAGUGCAGAUAUUGUCCAUACAGUGCCUCUCAGAAGGGAAACCUGAAGACCCAUGUUCUUUGUGUCCAUCGCAUGCCUUUUGACAACAGCCAGUAUCCCGAUCGCAGGUUCAAGCGCUCCAGAGUUGACUCCGAGGCUUCUGGGAAUUUAGAGGAACCUACAGCUGUCAGACCUGGGAGCUCAGCAGAGCUAACAGAUGUGGGCAGCAAGAUCCAGGAGUAACAGCUGAACAAGUCUAUCUGUAUAUUGCAAUAUUAUUUUACAGUUUUUAGGUAGGCAUUUAGUAAGAGAGUUUGCUAACUGCAUUCCAAGGAAAAUAAAGAGUUGCAUACAGCUCCCCCCCCCCCAACCUAGUAGUGUACAGGAUGUUUAAAACAUUUAAAACAUAUCUAUACAUAUAUAUUAAAAAAAUUUCCCCAGCCCUUGAAAAUGGCUGCUAAACUGUUACCUGGCAACAAAUGCUUCCAAACAACGCAGGUGGGAUAAUAAAGUGAUUUCAAAAAAUGUGAGGAGGUCGUUAGUACUCUAAAAAAAGCAGGGGGCACUUCAAACUCUAAAGUGCUCUUUGUCCAAAAAUAACGCUCUUAACCGAAAAAUGAUACCAUCUCCAUGAUUUAGUGUUGCCUCCGAAGAUUGAGAGGCUGCGUCUUCAUUGUUGAAAACACCUUUAUAAUAUGAUACUGGCGGCUGUCAUUGGCCCAGCAUAGCAAUGAGAUGGCUUGGUAUGCUAGCUACCAUGGUGCCAGUCAGGCUGGGGCUGUCACUGCAGAGAAAAUCAAUGGGAGUGGUGUUGUAACUGCACUGGAGGAGAAAUCUUAGCCAGCCCGUAACGAGGGUCAGGACUGACUGAUAUUGGAAAAGAUUGUGAUAUUACAUUUUCAUUUUUUAAAAAUACACAGCCGAAUGAAUCAGUGGUCAGGAAGGAUGUACGGACACAUGUCCAUUGCAGAUUUGAUGAGUGAUUCCUUUUUUCAGCUCAAAUGGCAGUAUUGAGGGAAAUGCUUUUAUUCUGGGUCCAUUUUUUUUGGGGGGGGGAUGAAGAAGGAGGUGUCUACUAAAGAAAUCUAGGGGUAUGUGAUAUAUCAUUAUUGUUUAGCCAGACUAGUCAGCCUCAUCUGUAGAAGGUGCUGGUGAGAAAUUGAAUUUUAUGUUACAAUAGAGGGUUUAAAAAUUCUUUUUUUUAAAUUUUUAAUUUUUUUUUUUACUUGAAUGAAGGAUUUUCUAAUCCUAGUUAAGUUCUUCAUCUGUUAGUUUUUAUAAGUGCAACAGACACAGGGCAGGAAUAUCUUCUGGAAUGGGGUCUUCUGAAGCAGCUUGAGCUAAAAUAUGAAUCCCAACAUCCUGUGCUUUGUCUCUAAUGAAGAAAGCGUUUGAGCAAUUGUUUUUGUUAUUAUUUUGUUUUUUAAAACAAAUGUGUUCUACUUUUUCCAUAAAAAAAAAUUGCUCUACUUUUUUUUUCCUUUUUGGCUGAUCAUGCUAGGUUUUCUACUAUUUAGAUCCUCCAUAUUAAGUUCUUCCUUCACCACAGAAGGAACAUUUGAGGGAUACUAUUGAGAUGCUUAACCCCAAACCUUGCAAGAAGUCUAGUGAAAGGUUUAGUCUUACAUCUGCUUGAAUGGCUUAAAAUUUCAGCCUUUUAAAGUGAUUCCUUUUACAGACACAGGUGCUGUGGAUUGUGAUGGUAGAGAAGUAUUAACUUAGUCUAAAACAAAAUCAACCAGAACCUAAAAAAUAAAAAUAAAUGAAAAGUCAAUAUUUCCUUGCAGGCUGGGAGCACAGAUUAAAACCCCAGGGCCUUAAAAUUUCAGCUCUGCCUAAAGCAGUUUACAAAAAUACUAAACUGCAAUCAAUGUAAAUAAAAUUCUUAGCGCUAUCCUGAGACUGGAAAAAAAAAAUCUCAGGCUAAUAAGGAAUACGGUUUGCAUAUGCUGUCGAAAGGGUGUCAUCCAACUGAAGUUUCAGUUUAAAUGAGUUCGCUGUGCAACUUGGACCCAUCUGGCAUAGAGCAGGCUGCUUUCUUGUUUUUCUAGUAUAGUUCUCACUGCCUUACUUAAAUCGAGUUGAUAAACUUAAUGCAACUGUUUCUAUGAUCCUAGAGAAGGGAUUGAAAUGUUAUUGAAAACUUUCUGACUGUAGUAAGCUUUAGAAUUUUAACUGCACUACCGUGUUUGGUGACUGUGUCAGUCGCUUGCUUUCUGUGUGUUUGCGCCCGCCUUCAGUAUCUUAGCAAAAAAAAUAAUAAAAUAGAAAAUAGAAAAAAAGGAAAGAAAUAAAGGAAAAAAAGAACAAAAAAAAAAAGAAAAAAAGGAAAAAAUCAGAAAAAAAGAGCCACAUUCCAUCUCCUGCACCAAGGAGAUCCUUCGGUAUUCUUUGUCUUCUGAGCAGUUUCAGAUGCGACAGGCAAUAAUUCUGUUUGUGACAUUGGGAACAUCUCCCCUUCUUUGUGACGUGUGUGUUGACUCCAUUUGGUCCAGUGCUACUGUCCCUUCUUCCCCCUCUGACAUGGGCCUUUUUUCCAGAACAUUUGUAACUUGUAAAACACACAAGUGACAGCGGCAGUGAUGCAUUGUCAGUUUCUGAAUAUCAUCAGCUUCUCAUAUCUAAACAUGUCAAGUUUUUUCUCUGUAACUUCUGUAGUCUGUGGUACUGGUCAUAAUACUGUCUACAUUCCUACACAAAGAAAAAUUAAAAAAAAAUUUCUCUCUUGGAGGAAAUCUGAGAUCAAUAGAGUAGAGGAUUGUGUUGCUAUGCUUGUAACAAGUAGAAAACUUUGUAUUUAAAGUUUAUUCUUGGUCAUUAUUUAUUAUUAUAAUACAUCAGUUGACAGAACUUUAUUCUGGUAUAGAAAGUA